AUGGCAUCAGAACCCUACUCCCUCACGCCCUCGACAGCGAAUCCCCCUCGCAACAGCACAAUUCUCAUCACUGGCGGCGCGAGCGGUAUAGGCCUAGCAACAGCCCUCUACCUCCAUUCCCCCGAAUAUUCCAACAACAUCAUCGUCCUGGACCGAGCACCUCACCCUCCCCCAAACGCGGAACAAUUGACCACAUCCCCGAGAUUCCUCUACUGUCAAUGCGAUGUCCUGUCCUGGCCCUCUCAACGCACAGCGUUCCAAACCGGAGAACUCAAAUUCGGGCGAAUCGAUUGCGUCUUCAUCAAUGCCGGCGUCGCAGAAAUCGGAGAUCAGAUCUGGACCGACUCCUUCACUUCGGCGGGAGAGCUGGCCGAACCGGAUCGCAAAACCAUUGAUGUGGACAUUCGAGCCGUGGGGGAUAGUCUCAAACUCGCCAUGUUUCAUUUACGGAAGUCGGGCGGGGGAAGUGGGAAGGGGAGGGGAGGAAGUAUCGUCAUGACGGCGAGUCUGGCGGGGUAUUUGGCUUCGGCGGGCGCUCCGCUGUAUUCCGCUGCGAAACAUGGGGUGGUGGGGUAUUUGCGGGCUUUGAAGGGGGAUUGCAAGGCGCAGGGGAUUGCGAUUAGUGUGAUUGCGCCGGGGAUCACGUUGACGGGGAUUGUGUUGGGGAGGAAGGAGGGGCAGAGUUUGGAGGAGUGGGGGAGGGAGAUGGGUGGGUUGGGAGUUCCUAUCAAUUCCGCCGAGACGAUUGGGUUGUGUGUGGGGAAUUUGAUGGGGUUGGGGGAGAGGGCGAAUGGGAGGGGGAUUCUUAUUCAAGGGGAGACGUGUGUGGAUGUUGAGGCCGGGAUUGCAACGAGUCGCGAGCGAUGGAUGGGGAAGGAGAUGUUGCGUCUGUUUCGCGGGGGAAGAAAUGCCCCGUUGUUUCCCAAUAAGCUGUGA